GCAUGGAUAGCUGCACCCCUUCGGCGCAGGAGCUGCCCCAGAGGCUGUGGCCGGGCCCCAAGGGUGGGGCAGCCAAAGAGCACCUUCUGGGCAGCCUGGCCGCGGCGCACGCCCUCGCCAGGGUCAUCCGAACGUGCUAUGGCCCCCACGGCCUCCAGAAGUUCCUGGUGACCACCAAAGGCGAGACCGUGGUCACGGGGUACGCCACGGCCAUCCUCGGGGUGCUGGAGCUGGAGCACCCGGCCGCCCGGCUCCUGCGGGACAUGGCGCUCGGCCAGGGCGAGCACAGCGGCGACGGGGUGGCCUUCGUGGUGCUGCUGGCCGAGGCCCUGCUGGCCCAGGCCGAGCCGGCCGCGGCGGAGACCCUGGCCCUGCUGCCUUCGCUGGCCAUCCGCUCGCUGGGGCCUCUGGAGGACCCGUUCUGCGCCCUCCAUUCGGUGAUGAACACCCACACGCCGUCCCACGCGGACUUCCUGGCCAAGCUGGUGGCCCACGCGUGCUGGGCGGCCAAGGAGCUGGACGGCACCUUCCACCCGGAGCGCGUGGGCGUGUGCGCGCUGCUGGGCGCGCAGCUGGAGAACUCGUGCCUGCUCCCGGGGCUGGCCGUGCCCGCCGCGCCCUGCGGCCAGGUGACCGCCGUGCUCGCCGGCGCCAGGGUGGCCCUGUUUGCUUGCUGCUUCGGCCUCGCCAGUCCCAAGGCGCCCUCGACCGUCCGUCUCGCUAGCUCCACGGACGUCCUGCGCUUCGGGAAGGGACAAGAUAGACUGAUAGAAAACCAAGUGGCCCAGCUGGCCAACAUGAACGUUAACGUGGCCGUGGUGUGGGGGGAAAUCGAGGAGAAGACCCUCGCCCAGGCCAACAAGCUGGGCAUCAUGGUGGUGCAGGUGAAGGCGCUGCGGGAGCUGGUUUACCUGGGGGAGGUGCUGGGCACACCUCUGAUGCCGUAUCUGGUUCCGCCCCUGGAGCCAGGGAGGUGCCACCGGGUGUACCAGCAGGAGCUGGGGGAAGGGCUGGCCAUGGUGUUUGAAUGGGAAUGUCGGGGCACCCCGGCCCUCACCCUGGUCCUCAGGGGCGCCACGAAGGCGGUGCUCCGGGGCGCCGAGCAGGCCGUCUACCACGGCAUCGACGCCUUUUUCCAGCUGUGCCAGGACCCCAGGCUGCUUCCCGGGGCCGGGGCCACGGAGAUGGCCCUGGCGAAGAUGCUCUCAGAUAAAGGCACCGCCUUGGAAGCGCCCGAGGGGCCCGCGCUCCUGGCGUUCGCCGAGGCGCUGCGCUCCCUCCCCGAGACCCUGGCGGCCAACGCGGGCUUGGCGGUGCCCGAGGCGAUGGCCCAGAUGACCACGGCCCACCAGGGCGGCCACUUCCUGGCAGGCGUGGGGGCCGAGGGGAUAAUCAACGCGGCCCAGGAGGAGGUGUGGGACAUCCUGGGGGCCAAGGCCCAGGGCCUGCGCGCCGCGGCCGACGUGGUCCUGCAGCUCGCCACUGUGGAUGAGAUCCUGGUGGCCAAGGGCGCUGUCCCGCACACGCAGGACUUGAGCCCGGACCCCAGGGAGGCAAAGGGAUGCCCAUCGCCUGAGAGGAAAGCCAAAUAG